AUGGUAAUUAUCAUCGACUGCACCCACGACGUCUUCAAAUGCGGUGAAUACGUUGACGUGGCCCACUUCCCAACUCUACGCUACUAUCGUGACAAAAAGUUGCAAAAGGCGUGGACCACGGAACUGGACAUGAUGACGGUGGAGGACAUCAGUGAUUUGGUCAUCAGGUCUAUCGACGAUAUACGGUACAUCGAGUCAACGAGGACCUGGUUGACCCUCAUCGAUGAGAAGGUGUCACAGUGGGCCACCCAUCCCGCAAUAAUCACCAUGAAGCCGCAGGAUACAGAGCCACGUGAAGCUGUGGAAGCCAUCGAUUCGGAUUGCGUCUUAUUGUUCCUUUUCGACCCAAAGAUGGCCGUGGCUGCUCGUCCGCUCUAUGAAUUGGCACAGGAUAUCGAGUAUCGGGAGACAGUACCGCUGGUGGUUGGAACGGUGAAUGGCACAUCACCCUUCGGCCUGGCCUUCUCGACGUGGGCCGGGUUGAAGCAGUUCGACCGCGCCCAGUGGGUUUUGGUAAACCACAAUGAG